AUGACGUUACCAAAAAAUGUCAAAAAUUUAUGUUUAUUAUUUUAUGGACUUUUUCUGUGUAUUUUUGUAAAAGCACAAAGCAAUAAUUUAGAAAAAUAUUCGCCCGUGUAUGCAGUAACAUUUUAUGCGGAUAUUUUAAAAAAUUCAUCGUGUAAAAGUGAUUUGGAAUCAAUUCGAAUUGGCGUUGAUAAAAAAAUUUUAUGGAGCUUGAAAGAUGCGAGUGGUGAACCCAAACCAGGAUUUUUUUACGGCAACAAUUUUUGGCCAGGAAUCAAAAGUCAGUGUCUUGACUUAAGAAACACCAAGCCCCUGGAAUUAGAUCCUGAAUUUUUGAAAAAUGUUUCAAAGUACCGUAACAUCGACGAAGAAUUUCCGCCAUUUGAUCUCAACUACUUUAUUGUAUUUUUCUGGCACAAUAAACUCUUACAAUUGGAAGCUUACAUUCAACAGACUAUUGGCUUUAUGACAUUCGGGAUGGCAAAGAUGACCACCAAUGGCUUCUUGAUUGGAAAAUCAUCACCACUGGGUAACUAUUCACCAACCAAAUGCCCAAUCAAAGCAAUCACUUCAAUCAACAGACGAAUUGAUUUCAGCAUUGUUCUGACCUUGUCCAUACUUUUGGCGGUGAUCGGUACAGCAUAUGACUGCAUUGUUCACCAAAAACGUCUAGAUCCAGCAGAAAGUUCGAAGGAUGUCGCUGACAACACAAGUCCAGCUCCAGAAGGUAGACAACCAGGUACUUUGGAACGAUUCUUACUCUGCUUUUCUGUCUUCACCAACACCAAAUCGCUUGUCAACACAGAAUCAAGCAAAGAUUCAGUGAAUUCAAUCGUCGGUCUUCGCUUGCUUGGCAUGAUAUGGAUUUUUUUGAUCCACGCAGUUUUUUAUUCGAAUGACGCGCUUGAUAAUCGACUGACAGCAUGGAAAUUAUCCGUAGAAUUUACAAACCAAAUUAUAACCAAUGGAAGCUUGGCAGUAGACACGUUCUUCUGUAUCAGCGGAUUUUUGAUCUGUUGGUCAUUUUUCGGUAAACGAAUCGGUCAAGAACCAAAACCAGUUCGUCGAUUCACGUGGUUUGGGUAUCUUAAUCUUGUCUUCAAUAGAGUACUAAGGCUUGGUCCAGUGUAUUUUGUAAUAAUUGGAAUAGCUGAAAUCAUUUUUGGGAUGAUCAACAAAACUUCAGCUUUCAUUGCUGCGGAAGAUCCUUACUAUUAUUGCAGUAAUUACUGGUGGAGAAAUGUGCUUUUUAUUAAUAACUUAUUCGAUUGGAAUGAAGCAGUAACUAUUUGUCUGUCUUGGAGUUGGUACGUAGCAAACGACAUGCAAUUCUACAUAAUCGGAACAUUUUUAUUGCUGCUAUCUGACGUGUACUUUUACACCUCUGCAGCUUUACUAUUAGUUCUGCUUAUAGUUCCAGCCAUCAUUAAUGGAUUUACUUCCUAUGCAUAUGAAUAUAUCAAUACAACUGACCAAAUGUGGAGCAUAAUGAAUGUUGUAUACUCACCACCGUGGAUACGAAUAGGGCCAUAUUUGAUAGGAAUGAUAACAGGGUAUAUUUUGAGAAGGAUGAAGGGUAAAUUAAACGUCAGUCGGAAAACUUUGUGCUUACUCUGGAUUGUUGGGAGCUCGUGUAACAUUGUGAUACUUUUUGGACUCUAUGGCAAAAAUUUCUCGUUUGUUAGUGCUGCGUUUUAUGUGGCUUUUAGCAAAAUUGUAUGGGGUAUUGGUGAUACAAUUUAUGGGUUUGACAGUUUUGACCUUUUUGUGCGCAUACUUCAUAAAAUUUUCCGGCGUCUCAAUUAUUUGGGUCAGUGUAUUUGGAUUAGUAUAAGUCCGUGGCUUAUUUCUGAAGUGGCUUGA